AGAGCGUUCUCUUCUUUUAAAUUCAUCGUUAGUUUAUGGUCGGGUCAGUCAGUCACAUCACUGCCACCUGGAUGGAGGGCGUUACUGUUUUAUCAAUUCCUAUAAAUUAAAUUCAAAUCAAAAUACGCGAGUAAAGCGCAAGUUUUGUGAGUUUGGUAGCUAUUUCGUAGAUGAAACAUAUUAUAUAAAAUGUUUUCCACAGUCCCCAGGUCGCUGUUAUCGUGUACAAACGUGAUAGUCCCGCAUCGGGCGCUAGCGUUUGUACUGACGAGAUGUCCCGCAUUGGAGAACCCUGGUCUGCAAUGUCGGGAGUACCACGAGGUCACUGGCAACAUUAUCUGCUCCAACGUGGUCCGAGGCAUCGACCAUUUGAGGGAUCCCCGACUUAACAAGGGUCUAGCAUUCACCUUGGAAGAACGCCAAGCCCUCGGCAUCCAUGGUCUAUUGGCGGCUAAAUUCAAAACCCAAGAGGAACAACUGGAUAUAUGCAGGAUAUCCAUUGACAGAUACGAGGACAAUUUGAACAAAUACCUCUAUCUCGUCGAGUUACAGGAUAGGAAUGAGAAGCUCUUCUUCAGACUGCUCGCGGAGAAUAUUGAGAAGUACCUGCCGAUUGUAUACACCCCCACCGUGGGGCUCGCCUGUCAGAGGUUUGGACUGAUCUACAGGAGGCCCAGGGGACUGUUCAUCACGAUCAAUGAUAAGGGACAUAUAUACAACAUUCUUAAGAACUGGCCUGAACCAGACGUGCGCGCUAUAGUGUUCACUGACGGCGAGAGAAUCCUUGGUCUCGGCGAUCUUGGAGCUUACGGCAUGGGCAUCCCAGUGGGCAAGCUGUCUCUGUACACCGCACUCGCGGGCAUCAAGCCACACCAGUGUCUGCCCAUCACUCUGGACGUGGGGACAGACAAUCAGGACCUAUUGGAAGAUCCUCUAUACAUCGGUUUGCGUCAGAAACGCGUCCGCGGUCAAGAGUACGACGAAUUCAUUGACGAAUUCAUGGAGGCGUGUGUGCAAAGAUACGGACAGAACACUUUGUUACAGUUCGAAGACUUCGCCCUCGCGAACGCUGGACGUCUUCUAAAGAAGUACCGUAACAAGUACUGUACCUUCAACGACGACAUUCAAGGCACAGCCAGCGUCGCCGUCGCCGGUUUGAUGGCAGCCGUUAGGGUCACCAAGAGGAAACUCAGCGAAAACAUCUACCUCUUCCUUGGAGCUGGCUCUGCCGCCAACGGUAUAGCAAACUUGACUGUAGCAGCCAUGGUCGCCGAAGGCCUGUCGGAGCGGCAGGCGCGAGACCGUGUAUACAUGUUCGAUGUGGACGGGCUGCUGUCCACUAGGCGCGAGGGCGGAGUCCCCGAACACGCGAAGAACUUCGGCAAGAAUGUGGAGCCCGAGAAGGACUUUGAGGCUUGCGUCGCUAAGAUCAAGCCCAGCUGUCUUAUCGGGUGUUCAACCGUCGGAGGAGCGUUCACUCCUAAAGUCCUGCAGCAAAUGGCGCAGAACACUCAUCGCCCUGUCAUAUUUGCGCUGUCCAACCCCACCAGCAAAGCGGAGUGCACUGCGGAAGAUGCUUAUAAUUAUACAGAAGGCCGCUGCGUGUUCGCGUCGGGGUCCCCGUUCCCGCCCGUGGAGUACGGCGGCAAGGAGUACCGCACGGGGCAGGGCAACAACUCUUACAUCUUCCCGGGGGUCGCGCUCGGCGUCAUCGCCACCGCCACGCACCACAUCCCCGAGACUAUGUUCCUCACUGCCGCUAGAACUUUAGCUAACUACGUGAGCGAAGAUGACCUAUCGAUCGGCCGCAUCUACCCGAGUCUGGCCGAACUCAAAGAGGUAUCGGUCGCCAUCGCCAUUGAAGUCGCCAAAAUGGCCUAUGACGAAGGCUUAGCUUCGGUGUAUCCGGAGCCGAAGGACAUAGCGAAACACAUCGAAAACCAGAUGUAUAGCUUCUACUACGAGAGCGCCAUGCCAGUCGUGUGGGACUGGAAACCAGAAGAAAAAUUCAACGUCAGGCCCAUACAACCGGUGCCCAAGAACAUCUAAACAGUAUUAUUAAUUAUUAUACUAUUUAUUUUUACUUUUAUGACACUGUCUCAACUAUACUUUGUCCGAAUUUGGUGAUCAAUUUUUGUCAACAAUCUACCAGGAAAUUAGCUCUUUCUUGAUUUUGUGUGAUGAAAUGUUUUGUUUGAUUUUGCAUUUUUUUAACGCUUUGAAUCAUUCGUUUAUUACUAAAUAACAAGAAAUGAAGUUGGCAAACAUUUAUCAUCUAAUUUGAAUCAAAUAUAGAAUUGAAUGUAAUUGGAGUGUUCAAUAUAUUAUCAUUACGUAUUAAUUUUUACAAUAGUAUUAUACAAAGUAUUUCAAAAUAUUCAAGUUUUAUAUUGUCAUCAUGGAAUUAUUUUACAUUCUUUACUUUUUUUUUUAAUUUCGUCAAUUUCACUGAAGUACAACGUGAUAGAUUUUUAAAAAGUAGUAUAUGCAUCAAUAACUACUCGUAUCUGUAUGUAGUGUUUCACUGUAAUUUGUUGGUGUGUAAGGUAGCGUGUAGAAACGGCAGCUUGUAAUAGUGUUCAGACAUUGUCUUGUAUGUUUAAUAAAGUAUGGUGGCCUUUAACGCGUGUUAUAGUUCUCCACUAAAAAAACGUCGCUCUAUGAAUGUUCGGUACAAUAUUUGUGUGAUAUUUAUGUAGAAAUUGUAUAUUUAUUUGCCAAACGGCUUCCAACUAAAUAAUGACGUAUUAUUUGUUUUUAACGUGUCGUUACACUACUAACAGGAAGCAAAUUUAAAUUUGCUUUUGUUUUGUUUUACGUUUUAAUCGUCUCAUUUUUAAUUAUAACAAAAUACGGACUUAUAUUAAUUUUUAUUUAAUUUGUAAGAUAAAUGAUUCGUUGUGAACGAACGGCAUCUAUUUAAUGUUGUGAGUAUUAUUUUUAAUUUACAGUGUGAUUUACAUUUUUAAGUAACAACUUUAUGUAAAAGUAACUCUAGUCACCACAGCAUUAUAUAAUACGAAAUACAAUGCAGGUUAUAUAUUAUGCAUUUUACAUUAAUGUUAAGAUAACACAAUAACUCUGAUAUAAAAAUGUGUAGUGGAUAAUUAGUAUGACUAGACAAUUAUACAUCUACAGAUAUGUGCGUGCCACCUUUAUAUAGCCUUUUUGGAUUUUUUGAAAACAUAAAUUUACCUAAACCUAUUUCCGACUAAAAAUACAUGAAAUUUUUAACUAUCUAAUCGAAGCAAUGUUUCGAUUUUUAUAUAAAUUAUAUAGCAAACCAUGAACUUCAGUAUUCAGCAUCAUAGAAAGGUAUAUUGUAGCGUCAAUAAUUUAAAGUGAUUCAAUCCGGGCAAAAUGCCUCAAAUAAAGUAAGUAUAAAUUAUACAUUAACGAUACUUAUUCAUAAUAUAUAAGAUGUCAUUAUAAAAGUGUAAGCGUAAAACGAAAACCAACAAGUGGUAAAAGCAGUAUAAUAUUUUUUCUGAAGUUGGUAACAAACUUCGCUAAAUAUUAAAGUUAUUGUUUUUCACUGAAAGUAUUUUCGCAGAGCGGGAUACUUUUCAUAAUAAUUUGUUUUUUUUUUUGUAAGACAGUGGUCCCAAAUUGAACCUUAUGUCGCAAUUAUUAAAUACUUCAAUUUAUUGAAUAAAAUUACUGUCUUACACGGUUAUGUAGUGUUUCAUGUUUUAUUUAUUUAAAUAACAAUGUAUCUUUUGAUACAAAGUGAUUUGUGUUGCUGUGACAAUGUGUAUUUUAAUUAUGGGUUGUUAUAACCAAGUGUACAAAUAAAGUAUGUGUUCUUAUGUCUGUAUUUUUCUUGAACGCUACGCUUGGCGUUUCGGCAAAUAGUAUUUUUGAAGCUGAAAUCUUAAUUUUUCGUUAUGCUUAUUUGUUUACGUAUGAAAUUGUUCAAUCCAAAUAUUACUUAGAAAAUCUGAAAUUUAGUUUUGUUGAAAUUAUUUUGAAAAUUUCAGCUUUAAGAAAUAUUUUUGUCAUGACCUUGUAAACGCCAAUUUAUUGUCAAUUAUCAUGCAAUAUGUUUAUGAUAUUUGACAUUAUAUGGGUAUAUUUAUUUUAUUGUUAGGUCGAAAUCUGUUUCGUUAACAACUGUAACCUGCUUCUAGGCGUACGGGAGUUGUAUGUUUAGUUAGAGGAAUUGUUACAUGAAUUAUAUUAGAUGUUACUAAUUAAACAUGUUCCAAACAUAA